ACACUCGCGGCUCUCCAGCAGCGAAGCUAUAGCCUCGUCGUCGUCCUGCCACGUUGCGAACUCGGCUUGAGGUCCAUCGCAGACACAAAGUAUAGCUCGCCGUCUGCUCUCUUCUCUCUUCUCUCUCUCCGCACCACUACUCUUCCAUCAGAGCUAUAACGGAGCCUGUGCGCGCACAUCCCCAAAGCAACGCGCCGCGAGCACGUACAAACACGCACACACCUACGCGCGGAUCUUCGUAUAACGCCGUCCUCUCCCUACUUCUCGCUGUCUUCGUUCGUUCGUCUUCUCUCGGCGCGGCGGACGCGACACGCACACGUCAGAAGCGUUGUAUUCGCGCUUCUUCUUCAACGAGAGCCAGCCAGUGCAGCCGUCCCUCGUGUUCCGUUCGUACGUGCAUACACGACACUCGGUGUAUAAGUGGAUUGGAGCUGCCGCGACGACGCACCUUAUUCCAAUAACUCGCUUGACAGCUGACUUGCAGUGCGGCAGUAGCAGCGGAGCGACAGAGAAGAGAAGAAAACACAGCGAGAGUGCGCGUGUACUUUAUCUCACGCAUUUGUUGUUGUGGCUUUUUUCAAAUCAGCAGCCUAUACACAGGCAUACAGCGUCCGCAGUCUUCCGCCCCGCACCGGAGAGAAAGAGAGGCGUCGUCGUGUAGUCGUCGUGCAGUCGCCGCCACCGCCGACGACUUAUUAGCGGGAGUGCGUGAAUCAUCGGCGUUUUUCCGAGGCGUAUAGCGCGCUGCGGUAACCUUGAUUCUGUCCAAGCGCGCGUGUGUGUCACUUGCGUGCUUCCGAGCUCUCUAUUCAGCCGAGCAGGAGCAGCGACGACGGUCCUGCGCCGCUUUAUUUUUAAUACGCUCCUCCUUUUUCCCCCGACUACUUACUACUGCGUGCUUUCCACGAACAGAGGCCAAAGUUUUUAAUACAACGUAUUAGACCGUGUGCUCGUGUACCAGGCUUCCAAGUUUUUAUCCCGGCAAGUACAAAGAGUGCCAAAGUUUCAAGUUCGACGAGUAAAGUUCUACUGUGCGCGUUCGAACGGUGCCUGUUCCCGGCGCGCGAAUAGAGAGGAAAACAAAGAGUAAAACGAGAGAAAGGAUGUCGGACUUUUUGGAGCAGCACCAGCCCCCGGCGCCGCUGAAGCGCGAGCACGACUCAACCGACGACUUCGAGCACCUGGAGCACGAACUCCACCAGCAGCAGCCGCAGAGCCAGAACCUCCUGGACCUGUCGAACCCGCUGGGCGACUUCGGCGAGCAGCAGCCGCAUAAUCUCAUCGACGGACUGCCGGAUCACCACUCGGCCAGGAACGACCUGCUGGACACGAGCGUGCCGGCGAGUAACAGCGCCGAGUGCGACCUGAAGCCGGUCCCGGCCACUCCGCCACCUUCCGCGGAUUUCAACAAGUUCGAGGGGGGCGCGCGCCACCAAGCCGAAGUGGCCUCCUUCGGCACUGGCCAGCAGAAGGACGAGCUCGAAGCUAGGAUCAGGCAGCAACUGCAGGACCCCAAAGCCGCGACGAUGGCCUUUAUGGAGACGGAGAAAUCGCCCUACGGCUUCGCCAAGGACUUUGAGGUUAGGUCCGAGGAGGCCAACGAUUUCGGCAUCAAGCAGCCGAUCAUCAGCCGCGACGACGACAUGUUCGGAUUGCAGAGAGACGCGGCCGACAACGACAGUGCUGACGAGGACGACAACACCGAGCCCGAGCGCAGCGAGCCAAGCGAGCCCAUUCUGCGAGCCCCUCCAGCUCCGGCAGCCAGCGAUGCGGCCAAGAAGGCCGACAGCAAUCUGCUCGACGACGACGACAUGUUCGCGCACGAGGAGUUGAGCUCGCUGAAGGAGCGCGAGCAGCCACCGAGCAGUCUCUACGCCUUCGAGAAGGACGACUUCAUGGGCGAGAUCAAGUCGUCGACUCUGCCGGAGCCCGAGAAGUCGCCCGAGCUCGACUUCGUCAAGGACGAGAUUAUCGUGCACGAGGCCACCAAGGAGAAGCCAAAGAAGCCCGAAGACGAGCUCUGGAACGUCCUGGAGAAGAGUGGCAAUGACAGGUUCGAGGAGAGGGAGGUGCUGCACGAUGAGCCACCCACCAAGCCCCUGCCACCGCUGCCCAAGGGUGCUGAGCAUGAUGCUUUCGAUGACUUUGAGAAGGACAAGGGCCACGACAAGUUUGAGAUGUCCAACGAGUUCCUGUUGGCAGAGUCCAAGUCUAAUAAAGCACAACUAAGCGGAGGUGAGACUGGGGAUUCCGAGUUUGAAUCUGAGCCAGAGCCAUCGCCUGCCAAGACUGCACCCAAGCCUGCUCCUGCUAGAGCUGAACUGGGUGAUGCUGCGGAGAGGAAGUUCUUCUGUCAGAAGCCGAACAAGAACAGGGACAUCGAUGAGAUUGCACCCAAGGAGAUCUGGAGACACAUUGGAAUAGAUGCAUGGUUUAACCCAGAAAGACUGAAUCCAAAAGUGGCAGCGCUGAUCUACUGGCGCGAUCCCAAGAAGUCGGGAAUCGUCUUUGGUGCAACACUCGGAGUGCUUUUGUCGCUGGCCUACUUCAGUCUGAUCAGCGUGCUGGCUUACAUAUCCCUCCUCACUCUAACCUUCACCGUCGCUUUCCGCAUCUACAAAACUGUCCUCCAGGCCAUUCAGAAGACCUCCGAUGGACACCCAUUCAAAGACAUCCUCGAGAUUGACCUGACGCUGCCCGCCGAGAAGGUGCACGAAGUCGCUGACAUCGCCGUUGCGAACGCCAAUGCCGCCGUCAGCGAGCUGCGCAGGCUCUUCUUGGUCGAGGACAUCGUCGACUCGCUCAAGUUCGGAAUCGUUCUCUGGUCUCUCACGUACCUUGGCGCAUGGUUCAACGGCAUGACGCUCAUCAUCAUCGGUGUUGUCGCCCUCUUCUCGUUGCCCAAGGUGUACGAAACGAACAAGACGCAAAUCGACCAAAACCUCGCUCUGGUCCAGGCUAAACUCAACGAAAUCACGGCCAAAGUAAAGGCUGCGAUGCCCCUUGGCAAGAAGGCCGAGCCUGCGAAGGAAGAGUAAAUGAGGGUCGAAAAGAGGCGUUUAAUCGUUGCAGAGCCGUGCAGGGAAGGACGAAAUGAGAGACGGAACGACGUAUUCUAGAAUGAGAGAAAGAGUGAUGAUGGCAAAAAAAAAAAAGGAUAUCGGGGUAGCGCGUGAGCCGAGAAGGCACAAACACAUACACUGACACACAUUACAGCAUCGCCGACAAUUAACUGAACUGACCUGAUGAAAAUUACGAGUUGACGAGAGAGUAACCGAUACAGAGAUUGUAAAUAACGGACCACUGUUUUACUUCGGAUAAAUGUUGGAUAUCGAUCGACUGACACGAGGCAAGCUUGGUGUGAUAUAUGAUGGUUCGCUGUGUGUCGAAAUAUGUAUUGUAAAGACCGUGUUAGCGAGGCGGUUGACAGAAUAAAAAUAUGAUAAUCGAUUACGAGAGCUCGGUCUCGGGUAAAAAAUCACAAAAUCUCGAGGCCGAGUGAUCAUAAACACGCGCAUCCAUUAUUUAAAAUAUAUAUAUAAAAUGAAAUGAAAAUCGAGAUAUCCUUUUGAAGUAAGAGAAAUAAAAAGAAUGCAGAAGUAACACUUAGCGAUUAAUUGUUCGUUAUUGCGAUACGAUGAUGACGAAUUCAUUUAGUGAGCAACAAGAGAAAGUGCGACGGAACGAAAUGUUUACAGUAAAACUGGCAACAGCAAGAAUAUGAAGUAACUUACAACUAUUAAUAAAAAAAACAAAGAAAAACUUAAACUAUCGUUCUGUGUUUGUCGCGCAAAUUAAACGACCGAGACAAUUAUUAUGCAAUUGUCGCGACCAUGACCUUGCGCACUUUGGGUGUUCCCCGAUAACUGCACACACACUUAAAAGAAAGCGUGUCUAUUCCCAUCUUUAUCCCCUUUGAAAAAUGUGCAAUCACAUUCAUAAUCCUUUUUGAAAUAAAAAGAAACGAAAACAUACAUGAAGUACAUAAGGAAAUGAAAAAAAAAUUAUUAAUCCAGUAAUGACGUAAUAUAAAUGACGAUGAAGAGUAUCUUAGACAUUAAACGCAUUACACCGUUCACCCGCAUUCUAUCGCAUCAUCUCGUUUGCUACUUGAUCACUCAUCGUAACGAAGAGUCUAUCCUUUUUUAAAUGUAGAAAACGUUGUUGAGGUAAUCAUUAAUCAAUCAGGUUACGCGCGAUAAAUAUGGCCAAGGCAAUCGAUGUGAAAAUGUCUAUUGUAUGUAUAGACAGUGCUUAUUGAGAGUUGAGAAAAGAAGGCAAAGCGGAGAGAAGGUGAGAAGGAGGAAAUGAAGGUACGAAAAUGGAGCGGGUUAUGCUGGAGGAAGUGCUUGUCGAAAUUGUUUCUUUUUUAUCGUUAGAUCUUAAGAUGUAAUGUCUAAUAACCAGCGAUCCCUCGUGUUUUAGUUGUUAUAAUGCGGAAAAUAAAUAUGAGAAUUAAUGGAGAAUUAAUAAAGUGAUUAUUACUUAU